AUGGCAAAGAGAAAAAGGAAAACACAAGAUAAUGACAAACUUGACAAUGGCAAAGGAGGAGCUGUCGAAGAUCCUCUCAAAGAUGAGGGAUAUCAUGGACCAACUCUUGCAAAACACAUAAUAAACCAUUUGAAAUCAAAUCUGGUAACUGGUGAAAUUUCUGGAAUUAUUGCAGUAGAUGAUAUCUCAAUCGUCGCUCACAAAAUUCAAAACACCUUUAGCUCAGCUUAUACCCAAAAUGCAGUUAAAGAUUCAGUAUUUGGUUUCUUCCUCGGACAACAAAAAGAUGACAGCGACAGUCAAUUAACUCUUGGUAGUGUUGACUCCUUAAAAUUUAAUAGCCAACUCAAAUAUAAUAAACUGGUGAAUGAUGUUAGGAAAUCGCUUUAG